ACCAGCUUCUCUCGGGCCGCUGCAGAGCUGCAAGACAUCGGCCGUCUGGCGACUGUAAAAGCGGCCGCUGCCUCACCCCCCCUUCCCCUCCGCCACCACCACCACCACCACAACUACCGCCACCUCCUCUCACACCUCACCGCAAAUAUUGACAGAAGUAUCACUGAGGAGGGGAAAAAUGGCAGAGAUGGAAAAAGAGGGCAGACCUCCGGAAAAUAAAAGAAGCCGAAAACCAGCACACCCGGUGAAAAGGGAAAUAAAUGAAGAAAUGAAGAGUUUUGCGGAGAACACCAUGAAUGAAUUAUUAGGCUGGUACGGCUACGACAAGGUGGAGCUGAGAGAUUCGGACAACCUGGAGAUAGGGGAGACCCCACAGCACAUCUCUGUUCUCAAAGAAAACUCGUUGCCAAAAAUGCCAGCAUCGACAGAGAGCGGCGAAGGCUCUCCGGAUCGAGCCAACAGCUCCCAGUCCCUGCCAGCCUCCAGGAACGGAGUCACAGAGCCCUCCACCACACCGUCCACAUCCACACCCAGCACUAAGGAGCAUGGCAACCUGCCCAUCAUAGUCCCCAUGAUCCCACCGCCACUGAUCAAGCCUCCUGCAGACGAAGAUGCAUCCAAUGUGCAGAUCAUGUGCGCCUGGUGUCAGAAGGUCGGCGUCAAACGCUACUCCCUGAGCAUGGGGAGUGAAUUAAAGAGUUUCUGCAGUGAGAAGUGCUUCGCUGCCUGCCGCAGAGCCUAUUUCAAGAGAAACAAGGCGAGAGACGAAGAUGGCCUCGGUGGGAAAUUACCCCAGCACAGCUUUACUCAGGACACGCCCAGGCUUGUCUUCAAGACAAACAGCGAUGUGCUUGUGUGUGACUGGUGCAAACACAUUCGCCACACUAAGGAGUAUCUGGACUUUGGUGCUGGGGAGCGGAGGCUGCAGUUCUGCAGUGCCAAAUGCCUGAACCAAUAUAAGAUGGACAUUUUCUACAAAGAGACCCAGGCUGCCCUGCCUGGGGCACUGUGCAACCCAGGACAUGGGGCUGGUGGUGAGGGUAAGGGUGAGUGCAGUGCAGGGGUACAGCUACUCACUCCUGAAUCCUGGGGAACGCCAUUAACGGACCUCCGGCGUAAGGCUCCCUCACCAGGGGGACCCUCCACGACAUCUGCUCUGGCUCCUUCAACCUCCUCUGCCACCUCUCCCUCAGAAACUGCUACUGUCUGCUCCCCGUCCUCCUCCUCCUCAGCCAAGAUUCCUACACCUAGACCCCACGAGAGCCCUACACUCCCCCCUCCACCUGUUCCCACCUUGCACCCACCCUUGGGGGUCCCCUCUGGUAGCCCCCCCAUGGUGAUGACACCUCGGGGACCUAUGCCCCUGCCUCUGUUCAUGGAACAUCAGAUGAUGCAGCAUAUUCGUCCACCAUUUCUUCGCCCAUCUGCCCAUGCAGGAGGCCCCAACAGCCCCUUGUCAAACCCUAUGAUCCCUGGCAUUGGUCCACCACCACCCCCAAGGACCCUUGGUCCACCAUCCAGUCCCAUGCACAGGCCCCUGCUGUCUCCGCAUGUUCACCCCUCAUCCAACCCGAACCCUGGCAUGAUGCCUCCUCACCCUGGUCUCCCCAUGCCAGGCCUACCCCCUUUCCCCCCAGUCAAUAUGAUGCCCAAUGGGCCCAUUCCCUUGCCCCCAAUGAUGAACUUUGGAAUGCCUUCCCUGGCCCCCCUGGUUCCCCCGCCAACUCUCUUGGUCCCUUACCCUGUCAUUGUACCCCUCCCUGUUCCAGUCCCUAUCCCAAUCCCCAUUCCCUUCAGCUCCAAGACUUCCAGGGACCAGCCAGAGAAUAGUGGGACCAUCUCCAGUGCUCCAGAGUCGUCAGAAACCUCAGCCUCCUUGCCGCAUUCUCCUGGUUCCUCCGGAGGGGAUGGAUUGGAACAGAAAGUAGGGCCAUCUGGCUCAGGAUCUCUCUCUCCUGGGUUCUCUGGUUACAGCGCUGGCCAAUUGGGCUCUGGCUCAGACAGAAGUCGGACAGCGGUUGUGGACUUAACUGUGAAGGCAGAGGACGGUUCAGGGAAUCUGUGUCUAUCAAGUGGCCCUGGACUAAUGGAUGGAGUCAUCGAUCUAACGAUGGGCCAGCGGUCGUGCCAGCAGCAGGUCAUUCAGAGGAUGCUGCCUGGGGUCCAGGUUAAAGUCGAGGCAGAGGUGGAUUCAAGAUCUCCACCAGCUGCUGGGCAGGGGAGGGACGGGAGGGACGGGAGGGACAGUCGAGAUGGGAAGGAAGGGACCCUCUCACAGGGCCUCAGUGCUGAGGAAACAGAAGGGCCCAAACACCUGAAAACACUGGAGUCAUCUUGCCCACCCUCCAGCAAUGACAGCUCUUCCUGCAGUGCUGAUGCUCCACUGACCCAGCCAAAUCCCUGUGUCUCUACCCUCCCCAGUCUUUCCCCCCAACCCCAACCCUUACCCACCACAGCACGGACCCAGCCCCAAUCCCUACCGCAAGUCCAAGCUAGCCCUGCUGCCCCAUGUAAUGUCAUUGUCAAUGGUACAGGAUGGCAUGCACUUCUCACUCCUGCCUCUGAGUCUUGCCCUGAACGAAGAGGAGACGGAGCAGCAGGGGAAGGAGGAGGAGGCGAGGACCAGCCAGCCAAUGGUGAGCUGGAGCGUGAGGCAUUGAAAGAGAACAGCUGCUCAGUGGCAGAAUGGGAGCCAGGGAAACGGGGCUCAGUGGAAGAGGAGAUGGUGGGCACAGGGGAAGGUAAGCAAGACCCCGACUCCAGUCUGGAGGAGGGUGAGCACGCCUAUGCCCUGCCACUGCUGCCUACUGGAGGCUGUGUGGUCAUCCAGCCUGUGCCAAAGCCCGGCGCUGACAAGACGGCCAUCCUGUCCUGCUCCAUCAGCGCACCAUUAUCAGCUGCUGGGAGCCCCGAGCUGGAGCCACCACUGAAGAGGAGGUGCCUGCGAAUCCGCAAUCAAAACAAAUGAGAUGGAUGCUCUGAGGAACGCCGUGCCAUCAGUGACACUCAAAUGUCCACCCCCCGACCACCACCACCACACACACACAUUGUUUUUGUCCUCACCCAUAGUCCAGUCUACCAGCACUACAAAACGCCUUCGACGACUGAUAAAGAGUCCAACCAAACUUGUUAAUCUGUAUCAUAGUAGAGCAGACAGGACUCUUUUUGUCUGCAUGACAGAUGUUCACAUCCGCCUAAAUGGACCGAAUUCCUAUAGACUUGUGGUUCAUCUGAAAAGGCCAGCUGGAUCUCUUGACCUCUACAGCUGCAGAUGUACCCAUCACAGGAGGACUUUGCCCCACUGCUUUUCUCCUCAUUUAAGAGACUUUCAGCCCACACUGCCCCCUCGUACGUAAUCCACCAUCCCCAAUCAAAGCAAAUAAUGUCUGUGUUGUCAGUUUUUAUGGAAUGCACUGUACGGAGUUGACCAUUCAAAGCUGCCGCUGGGAAAUUGGUGGAGGAGCCCCAAGGAGAAAACUCCAACCCGCUAUAAAAUGUUCCCCGUGCUGAUCUUCCCUAGUGCCACAAGUACAAAAACCCUGCUACAAUUAAGUGUUAAUUUUUCUCCACACUUCUUACUCACCCAACUUGUAGCUAUGGUAUCAACUGAGUUGGCAUAGCUUUGACUGUAGAACAAAAAAAAAAAAAAAAAAGCCACACAGCUGGCAAAAAAUAGCAGAACAUCUGCCCAAUCUUGGCCUUUGCUUGUACACAACCAGCAAAACAAUGUAAUUGCCAACCUGACGCCAAAUGUUUUUGGGUUAUUUUGACGGGUGGGUGGCCAAACAAGAGGCAUGCCAUGAAUUGAUCCAGUUAAUGGGGUAUGUUUUGUGAAUGAUAAAGAGUCACGAAAAAAACCCUAAGAAUCAGGCAGUAUAAGGUUUGCCGCCCUUUCUGGAGCAAUGAAGGGCUGGACAAAACAGACAAGGUAUUUUUAAUCAGUAGCUGAAAAGCAGUCCUUGGACAUCGUUUUGAAAGCAUAACUAUUCCUAUUGAAUCAGCAAAUUAGAGGACAAAAUGUUAGAGCUUCACCAGCAAUUGAUGGCGUGUGGGUGGAAUCAUACAAUCUCAGCCAUUUUCCUGUGGCAGCCUUUUUGUUUUCUCUUAAACUUCACCCAAAUGUGGAUAUAUUGUUAUACCAGAAUCAGACAGAGUUGGUUGUAGUUGUGAUAAUCACUCCUACUAUUGACAUUUUUCACUCCCUAGGGAAUGCCAUCUGUGCGCUUAAACAAUAAGCCAUGCUAGUAACAAUGCUACCGGUUAAUAAAUUCUGAGCCCCUGCUGUUUGAGAGCUCUUCAAGGCUUAUUGCACCUCCAAAAGAACUGGGAUGGCAUGGCAAUGUAGAGGCUCUGCCAACUUGCAAUGGGUACUUGCUACCGCAGGCUAGUACUUAAUCUUUUCUAUAAUACAUUACCAGUGAUGUUCCUGUCAUGGGUUAGUUUGAAAUGACUGCACUAGAAUUUAGAGGGGGCAGAGGGAAAACAGCUCUUUCAUAAAUAAUUCCUUUGGGACCUGGAGGAAAAAAUGUCAAAAUAACACAACAAAAAAUUUUUUUAAAACAAUUAGGAAAUUCAUUUUUAAAAAAGUAAUUUGAGGGAAAAAAAAAAACAACAGAAAUCUCCACAGUCUUUUGCCCUUCCAUUGUGAUGCCAUUUUGCUUCAUCAUACUAAGUGUUUGCCAAUUAUUAUUUGUGUUAUGCCAGUUGUUUCUGUUAUAAAGCCAAUCAUGUCCUUGAUUUUAUGCCAUGCCCUAUCUACGGGGUUUGGAUAAUACAGUGCAAUGUAACUGUAACCUGUCUGCUUUUAUCUGAUCCAAUUCCACCACAGCUUAAAGCUGCGAAUUAGGACACCAUUGAACAAAGCCAGCAUUUAGGCUGCGUUCAGACAGCCAGUAAAAAGUGGCCAGAAUCUGAUUUUUUUUUCCAAAUGUAAUAUAGACCGUUUUUUAAUGCCGAUGUGAACAGCAAAAAAUCACAUUGAAUCUGACACUUCUAAUUCUGAUUUCAGCCACUUUCAUAUGAGGUCUUGAAUCAGAUGCGUAUCUUAUUCCUGCUGAUGUGAUGGCUGUGAAUGCUCAGAUCAGAAUUCAUGUCAUUUUUUCCCCCCACAUCAGCAUCAUUAUUCAUUCAUUAUCAGCACUGGUGGCCAAAACAAAACAUGGAGUACAACAAUGACAGAGAGACAGGAGGCUGCAAAUUUAAUUGAUUUACAGGACGAUAACUUCUUGCCCUCAAACUGCCACCACACCACUGUUACAGCAACCAAUUAAAAAAAGGAAUGCCUCCACUAUUUAAUUAAUUGUGAUGAUGAACCGCCAUGCCAGUGACAUUUUUGGUUGUUCAACAGCAUGCUUGUUGUAAAUGCGGGGUCACGGCACAGAUCUGUUCACACUGAUAUCAGAUACAGUCAAGCCAAAAAGAUCAGAUUUAAGAAAAAAAAAAUCAGAAUUGGGUCACUAGUUGACACUCCUAUGGAGGAAGGAUAAUGUACCAAUGAGAGACAAGUAUUAUCACCAUGCCAAAGGUGUGUUCAAACAAAACAGCUCACCUGGUUUUCAGAGGGGAUUUAAAACUGAAGAAUUGAUCAAAUCAUGUUUAAUUGCCAAAAUAACUAGCACUUAUCUAAACGUAUUGUGUUACUGAUGUGCAGUGGGACUGUUGAAAGCAGUAUUACCCCAGGAUAUAAGUGAGGCUAAAUACAGUCAUGGAUUAAAACCAUAAUGCAGGACAUUAGCAGUUUAUUUUCUUAAGUAAUCUUUACAUCACACAGAAUUAUACCUGCUAUCACCAUUUUCUUUUUCCUUUGUUCCUCUUCAAUUAACACUUUCUCAUGGCUAGCCUUGGUGUUCCUCAUUCUUUUCCCUAGUGAAUGCGAUGAGCCCCAGUAUCUACACAUGCACAAACACACACGGAUAAACACAUGGCACAAACACACAUACCCAGACACACACGUCACACAUGCACACAGUACACUUAGUAGGUUUAACGUGUGUGUGUGUGCGUGUGUGUGUCAGGCAGAUGCGAGCAGAGACAGUUGAGAUUAGAGAGUGUUGAUUCAGAGUAAGCAGUGUGCAACUCUAUCUGUUGCCUGUUAGUCAGGCAUUUAGGCUUAGCCUGUCGCUUGCCAAGGCCCAGCUUUGGUGUCACUUUAAGCAUUUCCUUGCCCCCCCCACUUCAUUUCUCUCUGAGCAAAAGACGAAAAUGUUCUUUUUAAUUCACUUUUUCCUUCUUGUCUGCUUUUACUUUUUUUGAAUAAUCUCAGUAUUCAUCUCUGUUUGUUCCUCUGUGUCUUUCCAUAAAAAACAUCACAAACAGCCUAACCAUAUCAUUGUUUGUCAGAAAUUAGUUUAUUUGAAGAGUACAAGAUGCCCCUCGUGAAGCUUGACGCACCAGAGAUUCAUUAGAGAUGUCAGUGUUGAGCUGUGCCGCUGCUUGUCCUGAAUCUUGCUUGUGAAAGCACAGACAUCAGGGCUGAUGCAGCCUUGAAACUGGACACUAUAGUUGUGUCUGUCAGGGCUUCAUAACAGAUGUGGGAGUCAGACAAACCUGAGACAAUGAAACAGCUCUGUCCUUUCGUCUGAUAGCAGAUAGGUCAUGGUUUCCUGUUCGUUACUGUUUGUGCCUGCUCUGACAUUCACCGCACAGUCAAAGGAAUACACCAAGGUUUUGGGGGACUGAGUCGUUGGUCAGCUUCUGUUAGGUGAUGAGAAAAUAGACACCAAAGUCAUACCCUGGUAGAUCACUGCUAAUAUUUUUUACAACACACUCCUUGGGUUUUUAAGAAUUAUGACGACUGACCUUUUAGUAAUGACCAGUUUUUAGUUUUUUUUUAUUUUUAAUCUAUGGUCCUUUCAUAUCAUUAAGUCAGUGUAGCUAAUCUCACUAGGUUUAUUUUGUAACCAUAUUUUAAUUUUGGCUGCACAUUGUCUCCUACCAUUCAUCACAGGUCAAGUUGCACUCCAAAUUUUAUAGGAAGAAAGCCCUUCGGAUAGAGAAAGAUGUCCCUGAUGUAGCUCAGAACAGUAUUCUGUUUUUUCCGAUAUCACAUUCAAUUUGUUUCAUAUCAAUUUUACCGGCACCCUGCAAAACAACUGCAAGACUUGGCUGCAUAUAAUACAAAAUUGCUUUACAUAGAGCUUCAGACAUACUAAAAGCUCCCGGUUUCUCACAUUUGACAUAAUGCUGUUCCUAUAAUAGCUUUGAGUGUAGUGUAUGAUAACAUGUUGGGUACACAUGGAUGAUUUCGGUGUCUAUAUUCUCUCUCAACCUCGCUACAAUUUGGUGUAUUUCUUGAAGCAAAUUUCUAACAGGAAGGGGAAGUUGAACUCCUGCCAUUUGUUUUCCAGCUUCUCACACAAAAACGUGCAUAAUCAUGUCUCGAUUCGCAUCAGUACCGCAUGUGUUGGUCUCGCAUGUUUCAGAGAGACAUGGAGGCCUGUUCUCCUUGUAGUCCUGGACCCUCUGAAUCGGUCUAUUUGAUGGCAGACAGACUCAUGACAAAUCUCCAGCAUUCCUUGUACAAGAUGAACUACAGGCCUGGUCAAACGGCCUGAAUUAUGCAAUGACAACUUAAACCACGCCGCGAGAGAGACGAGUGGUCCACAGACAGAAUCAACACAACAUGACUUCAUGUUUGGUUUCAAAAAUAACAGAGAAGUUGCCUUAACUCUUGCUUGUAUAAUCUCUAGUUAAGACAAUGAUGCUCGCUUGUAAAGAAGACUCUCCCCUCUUUGUACAAAAUGAAAUAUACAAAAAACAACAACUUUGUUAUCUUGCUAGUGUCAAUGUAUAGAGGAUCAGCUUUUUCUGUAACUUGUAUGGACCAUCACAUUUUUGCUAAGGAAAAAAAAAAACAAACCCUCCCGACUCCUUGUUCCUAAACAUCUGAUCUGUUCAACGUUUUAACUUGUGGUGGACUGUCAA